UGUUGCCUUGUGGGAAUUAUAGAAGAGGAAAGCACGUAUUUGUACAUUUUUGGGGCAGAGGUUCCAGUUAGACCAUGCAGCCGCCAGUGUGAAUAGACCUCUGAGAGCAGAACUAUUUUUUCUCGUUUUCUAGCGGAAAAAGAAUUGCUACCAACACUACCAUGGCGUGGUGGAAGGGCUGGAGUGAGGAAGAUGGCAGCUCACUGAAAGGCAUCCUGCACUUUGACCCCGCGCCCGAUGCCCAAGUUCUGUAUAAAGCCAUGAAAGGACUUGGGACAGACGAACAAGCUAUCAUCGACAUCCUCACCAAACGGAGCAAUGCCCAGCGUCAGCAGAUCGCCAGAUCCUUCAAGGAACAGUUUGGAAAGGACCUUAUUGAAAGCUUGAAGUCUGAAGUGAGUGGCAAGUUUGAGAGGCUCAUCAUAGCUCUUCUGUACCCGCCUUCCAAAUACGACGCCAAGGAAUUGCACGACGCCGUGAAGGGCCUCGGAACAAGCGAAGGUGUCAUCAUUGAGAUCCUGGCGUCGCGGACGAAAGUGCAACUCCAGGAGAUAAUCAAAGCUUACAAAGAAGAAUACGGGUCGAACCUGGAAGAGGACAUCAAAUCCGACACGAGUGGCUACUUCGAGCAGAUCUUGGUUUGCCUCCUGCAGGGCGAGAGGGACGACCCAAGGUGCCAUGUGGAUUCAGCGCUGGUCCUUCAGGAUGCCCAGGCUCUUCACGCCGCCGGGGAGAAGAUACGGGGCACCGACGAGAUCCAAUUCAUCACCAUCCUGUGCACCAGGAGCGCCACCCACUUGCUGAGAGUCUUUGAUGAAUACCAGAAGCUUGCUAAUAAAAGCCUAGAAGACAGCAUCCGGAGUGAAACCCAUGGCUCCCUAGAAGACGCCAUGCUGGCUAUUGUGAAAUGCACGAGAAACGUCCACGGUUACUUUGCGGAGCGGCUGUACCACGCCUUGAAGGGGGCAGGCACUAGCGAUGGGACCCUUAUACGGGUCAUCGUGUCCAGGAGCGAAAUUGACUUAAAUCUCAUCAAGGCCGAGUUCCUGAAGGUCGCAGGCAAAUCCCUCUCCGCCAUGAUCAUGGAGGACACGAGCGGUGAUUACAAGACAGCCUUGCUGAGUCUCUGUGGCAGCAACUAAGUGGAGAAAUCUGAAGGGCAAAGGCAAGAUGUGGAAAUGGAGGCCUGGAAAACUUUGGCCAGGAACAAACGUCUGGGAAUGCAUGUCUAGAAAUUCCCUAGCACCGAAUAAAUAGCAAAUGGAAAAUCUGCGCAGAGGCUAAGACUUUU